CCUUCUGCGACGUUUAUCGAGAAAUCGACGACGUGCAUCCAUCUUUUCCUUGGCCGUCGUUAUUUGUAGUUAUAACGAAAUGGGAGCAUACAGGUAUUUAGAAGAAUUGCAUAAAAAGAAACAAUCUGACUUGUUGCGAUACACGAUGCGUAUCCGCACCUGGUACUACCGUCAGUUGGCAUCCGUGCACCGUGUCAAUCAUCCAACACGUCCUGAUAGAGCACGAAAACUUGGCUACAAAGCUAAGCAAGGCUAUGUCAUCUAUCGUGCUCGAGUACGACGUGGUGGUCGUAAGCGUAUGGUCAGGAAAGGUGCAACAAUGGGUAAACCUACCAACCAGGGUGUAAACCAGCUCAAAUUUCAAAGAAGUUUACAAUCUGUUGCUGAGGAGCGUGUCGGUCGUGCCUGUGGCGGCUUACGUGUACUCAAUUCUUACUGGGUAUGCGAAGACUCUGUUUAUAAAUAUUAUGAAGUAAUUGUGGUUGAUCCUGCUCACAAGGCUAUUACCCGUGAUGCACGUAUCAACUGGAUAUGUAAUCCUGUUCAUAAACAUCGUGAAUUACGUGGCCUGACUUCAGCAGGAAGGAAAAACCGUGGUUUGGGCAAGGGUCAUCGUUACACCAAGGUUAUUGGUAGCUCUCGUAGAGGCGGUUGGAAGCGUCGUAACACUCUACAGUUGAAGAGAUUUCGAUAGAUAAUUUUUCACCUGAUAUGUUCAUUGUUAGCAUCAUUGUUUAUGUAAAAUAAAAGAAAACUUAUACUGUG